UCACAAAGCAUGUAUUUGAUUUACCUUGACCGUAGGUGCCUAUGCACGGCCGGACUAACAGAACUGCAGCAAAGAGAGUUGCCCUUAAACAUCCAACACCCUCUGCAACUGAGAAGCGCGCGCGACAAGUUGGAACAACAAACCGGAAAAGCAUUUCGAGCGUCUCUGCCGCCAAGAAACCACCUGCGAAGCCCAAGGCUACCCGGGCAAAGCCAUCCUCAGCGCCAGCAGACGACAGCCAGCUCGCCUCCCGCGUCGUCCUCAAGGCGGUUACUCCAUCCUCGCUUAAGGGUGCAGGUGUAGUAAAGAAGAAGCGCAGUUCAAGAAGGCGCGAGCCCAAAAAAGUCCGUUUCGCCCAGGGUCCCUUGCGGGCUCCAGCGGGUGGUCCCGACGGCCACCCAACCGCUGAGGGGCGGGUCGCCAAGCCGGUACGCAUUCUAGACGGGGGAGCAUCACGAGCCUCAAGCGUGACCAAAAAAGACGUGCGAGAGUUAGACCAGCCAGAGCUGCUGGGCAACACGCAGUAUGAGUUCUCUUUGACCAAGCUCAAGAUCCGCGUGGGGUUGCUGCCGCCCGCGCAGCCCGCUCGGCCGUUCGCCAGCAAUCCCAAGAGGGCCAGGGGCAGCAGGCACAGCCAUGAGGAGGGCGGAGGCAGCGGGGAGGCUGCUGUGGCUCGGUAGGAGCGCGUGAACGGCUGCUACAAUGCAUCUCAGCCGUCGCGGGUGUGGAGCAGGGCCCAGACGGGCCUUGUCGUACGCUGUAGGGGACAGCUACAGCCGUGCAAUGACGGCUUAUGUACAUAGCAAGGGUAGUUGGACACGAUAACGCUUUCCGGUGCAUGCACUGUUGGGCCAUGGGACCAGAUGUCCCCAACAGGGAGGAAUGACAUGAGGCGAAGGAGCCGGGGGAUAUGCCAAGGAGCUUCGGUAUGUCGUGCCGGGCCCCAGGACCAUCUAGGUAGGCCCUUCCCUUGAGCGUGCCAGCGGGUGGAGGGUUAGGUAGGACGUGGUAUCUGUUCCGUACGUGAAGACACGCUUGACCGGGUAGAAGCGGUUUCCCUUCGUCGGGUACAUGUGCCUAAUUGAUGUGGAUAUGCCUAUUUUCUUAGCGGCGUGCUUGACGAUAAUAACGAUGUCCAGCUCUGAACGUAAGGCACUAAACAAUUUAGCACUCGUGGCCAGUGCCAGGCAAGUGCGGGCACUUCCCAGCUUGCUGUGUGCUGCUGUUGUACCAGGUCUGUUGUAUCAGACCUAACGGCUGUACAAUGCAUGGGCAUCUAUGAUCGAACGGAGGGAAUAGCGUGUGCACCUGUGCUCUACUUUAGCCGUAUGAUGCAUACCGAGUCACGGCGUGCUGUGUCUCUGUCGACAGGACCGUAAGGGCUUCCCGGCCGACCCGGAGGUCGAGCGGGUGGAGUCGGCUUGCAAGGCCUUGCAAAGCCUGGUACAGAUACCACCGUAUGGCAAUGUGAACUCGCAUCCCGGUAAUGCGAUUGCGGAUGUAAUUGCCCAGCUGCAAUCGGCAAUUCAUGCAGCGAGGUGAGGGGCGAUCUUCCCAUAAGACAAAUAACGUUCAUAAACACUUGUCUUGGUACAAGAUACUAAUCUAUUGUGGUGGCGCACUAACCUUUACUACCGGUGUACUCUUAGCUCUAGUUGCCUUUGCAACUUUAUGCCGCCCAGUCGCAGUCACAACAUUCCGACAGGAGUAGAUUGCUAAAUCAUCCUCAUAUAUAUAAGUAACAAAAUAGUAGAGACAAAUGUGGGGCAUUCUUGCGGUGUCCUUGCUUACCCGUCCAUCGAGAUGCGCCGCUGCACCAGUGUCAGCCUUGUGCAGGACAGCUCUAUUACAUGCACAGGUUCCAGCAACACGUCUCAUAGGUUUUUCAACCGCUAAGGAGCAUGUCAGCUCUUCCGCAACUGAUGCUUCCAGGCCUACACAUCCAUUGCCGGCAUCCGCGAGCACGACGCCGCCCACUGCACCAGCUGACCAAUCCCCUGCUAAUCCACAGCACGCAAAGCCACCUACCAGCAGCGCAUCGCCGCUCAACUCCACCAAGCCCCCCACUUCCGCCGACGCACCGCACCAUCCUCCAUCCCCUUCACCCAUCGCCGCCGCCACGCCUUCAACUCCGCCUCUAGACACCAGCGCAACCCCACCUACGGAACCACCUCACGCCUCAGGCGCCGGUCCGGGUCCCAGCUCCAGUGUUUUGGGCCUUAUGCGGCUGAUCCGCGUCAGCCGCAGUGCCGUGGACUUGCGCAUGGCGCUGAGCCGCCACGCGGGGGAUGUGGACCAUGUGGCACUGGUGGCGGCCAUGACACGACUGGCGCAGAUCGCCGGCAGCUCCAACACCGGCACCUCCCACCGCGAGCGCUCCCAGCAACGCGACCUAGCCGCCCACCUCGCCGCCCAGCUCGCCGACCCCGCCUCGCCCCACCUGCCCCGCUGCACCGCCCGCCACCUCGCAACCUGCCUCCACGUCCUAGCCGACAUGCACGUCAAACCCAGCCAGACCGUCUGGCGCACGCUGCUGGCCGCACUGGCUGCGGAUCGCGCCGCAUUGCUUGUACGGCAGGGCAGCAGCAGCGGGCUAGAUGUAGCCAUGGUAGCUCUGUCGCUGUCGCGUCUGGGCUGCCAUGGCCGUGCAGCAUGGAAGGCGGUGGCGCUGGGUGCGGAGGCGCAUGCAGCGGCCAUGAGCCCCCAACAGGUGGCUAACACCAUGUCCGCGUUGGCGAGGGCGGGUGGGGCGGAGGGCGGGUUAAACGCCAAGGAGUUUGACAAGGCCGUUGGUUUGCUGCUGGCACGUGCGGUGGCGGAUGCGGAGUCGUACAGCGGUCGCAACCUGGCGAAUGCGGUUUGGGCGGGUGUACGGCACAUGCAGGCUCGCGCGAUGCAGCAGGGACAGGGUCGGGGCGGCAGCUCCAAAGCAGCGCCGCAGUCAGGGGAAGCGGCAGGGGAGGCGGGUUUGCUGGAGGAGGAGGAGGGAGCUGCGGAGUUGCUGCUGGGGGCCUCCGGGGGUGCGGACCCGCAGCAGCUGGGUGCGGUGGAGGCGCUGGCGGGCCGGCUGCCGGAGCGGCUGCGGCAGUGCACCCCCACGGAGCUGGCGAGGGCGGCGUGGGCGCUGGCGCGGCUGGGGUGCCGGGAGGAGCGCGCGUGGGAGAGCUUGGGGCGGGAGCUGCGGCACAGUGCGGGCGCCCUCCAACCCGACGAGAUGUGUACCAUGGCGGAGGCGCUGCGCUACGCCUCCAUCCGCAUGCGGGAACCCCCUGCACCCUCCUCCUCCGCCGCCGCCGCCUCCCCCACCUCCUCCACCUCCACCUCUGCCACCCCAGCCCCCUGCGACCCCGCCGCGCACCUGCCACCGCUCUUCGCGGCCGCCUCGCUGCGGGUGCGGGAGCUGCGGCCGCAGCAGCUGGUGCGGAUGCUGCGGGUGGCGGCGCAGCUGGCGGAGCAGCAGCAGCUGGAGCAGGGGCAGCAGGGGCUGCCGCAGGAGGUGCUCUCCUUUGUUAAGGAGGCCCGAUCCCACCUCCUGCAAACCCCGGCGCACUCCUUCCCCCGCAUGUGGCUGGCUGCCUCCCUCGCCACCAGCCUCACCAAGCUAGACCGCCAGCAGCAGCAACAACAGCACCCCAGCUCCCUCGCCUCCCUCGCCACCACCGCACCCCCCCACUGCGUCAUUCCCUUGCGGCACGAGCACCAACUCCAACAGCAGGAGCUACAGCCGCAGCAGCUGCAACCGCAGCCGCAGCAGGCGAAGGGGAAAGGGAAGGAGAAGAAGAAUGAGGCGGAGCAGAAGAAGCAGAAGGAGGCGAUUGGCGGGGCCGCAGGGGAUGCCUCCAUGGCAGCAGCAACGGGGCCGGAGGGGCGGCAGCUGUUGGACCACUU